AAUUUUGUUCUGCAUGAACCAGUUCAAUGUAAUGCCACUAACUAUGGAUCAACCAAUAGUAGUCCCACUCCUUUGAUUAUGCAGUCGAAGCAGGAGUUUGUUGCCAAUGUUGAGGAAGAAAGAAAGAUAAGUAAUGCGAGAAAGGAAGAGGUAAUGUUCCUGACAUGGGAGGAUUUGGAGGUCACAGUUCCAAGUGGAAGGAAAGGUAGGAAAUCAAUUCUUAAGGGUCUAACUGGUUAUGCCAAGCCAGGGCAACUCUUGGCAGUAAUGGGUCCUUCUGGUUCUGGCAAAUCAACACUUCUUGAUGCUUUAGCAGGAAGAUUGGGAUCGAACAUAAAGCAAAUGGGGAAGAUUCUAAUCAAUGGCCUCAAGCAAGAACUGGCGUACGGAACAUCUGGUUAUGUGACACAAGACGAUGCGAUGCUGUCAUGUUUAACAUCUGGGGAAACGUUGUACUACUCAGCAGAGCUCCAAUUUCCAAACAGCAUGUCUAAAGCUGAGAAGAAGGAAAGAGUAGAUGCUACACUGAGAGAAAUGGGUCUGCAAGAUGCCAUCAACACAAGGGUUGGAGGGUGGAGUUGUAAAGGUCUCAGUGGGGGACAGAAGCGCAGACUCAGCAUUUGCGUUGAGAUUCUAACACAUCCUACACUCCUCUUCCUCGAUGAACCAACCAGUGGCCUUGAUAGUGCUGCUUCUUAUUAUGUUAUGACUGGCAUUGCUAGUCUCAAUCUGAAGGAUGGAAUUCAAAGGACUAUCGUUACUUCCAUCCACCAGCCCAGCAGUGAGGUUUUCCAACUUUUUCAUCAUCUUUGUCUUCUCUCUUCAGGAGAGACUGUGUAUUUUGGACCAGCCUCUGAUGCAAAUCAGUUUUUUUCUUCAAAUGGUUUUCCCUGCCCACCUCUCUACAAUCCUUCAGAUCACUACCUAAGGAUCAUAAACAAAGAUUUCAAUCAGGAUGCUGACGAAGGAAUUACCACUGAAGAAGCAACUAAUAUCCUUGUCAGUUCUUAUAAAUCGUCUGAAUAUAGAAAUCAAGUUCAGAAUCAAAUAGCAAAAAUAAGUGAAAAUGAUUCUGGUGUAGUUGGAAGGAAGAAGAUUCACGCUGCAUUCCUUACUCAGUGUCUUGUUCUUCUGAAAAGAUCUUCGAAGCAAAUCUAUCGUGAUAUAACCCAUUACUGGUUACUUCUAACUGUUUUUAUAGCAGUAUCUGUAAGCCUGGGCUCUAUCUUCUAUCACGUUGGUGCAAGUAUGAGAUCAAUUCAGGAAAGAGGAUCGCUAUUUUGUUUUUUCAUUUCAGUUCUGUGCUUCAUGAUACUUAUCGGUGGAUUCUCGCCGUUAAUCGAGGAAAUGAAGGUGUUCAAGAGAGAGAGAUUGAACGGACAUUAUGGUAUAACAGCUUUUCUGGUAGGGAGCACAUUUUCUGCUGUUCCUUACACACUAUUGGUAUCUUUCAUUCCCGGAGCUAUUGUUAAUUAUCUUUCUGGACUGCACAAAGGACUAGACAACUUUGUAUACUUUGCUUCUGUUCUAUUUGCUACUGUGAUGUGGGUUGAGAGCCUGAUGAUGGUUGUUGGGAGCAUUUUUUCAAAUUUUGUGAUGGGUGUGAUCACUGCUGGUGGGGUUGAAGGACUGAUGAUUUUGACAAGUGGAUUCUACAGGCUGCCAAAUGAUCUUCCCAAACCACUAUGGAAAUACCCUUUCUACCAUGUUUCCUUCCUCAACUAUGCUUUGCAAGGAUUAUUAAAGAAUGAAUUUGAGGGAUUAAUGUUCUUUUCAGAUGAGGAUGGAGGUGCCAGAAGUGUUGGUGGUAGAGAUAUUUUGUCUGAGACAUGGCAAGUGCAAAUGGGUCAUUCAAAGUGGAUUGAUCUUGCUAUCAUGUUUGAGAUCAUGAAUUUUGUUCUGCAUGAACCAGUUCAAUGUAAUGUCACUAAUUAUGGAUCACCCGAUAGUAGUCCUACUGCUUUGAUUAUGCAGUCGAAGCAGGAGUUUGUUGCCACUGUUGAGGAAGAAAGAAAGAAAAGUAAUGAGAGAAAGGAAGAGGGAAUGUUCCUGACAUGGGAGGAUUUGCAGGUCACAGUUCCUAAUGGAAGGAAAGGUAGGAAACCAAUUCUUAAGGGUCUUACUGGUUAUGCCAAGCCAGGGCAACUCUUGGCAGUCAUGGGUCCUUCUGGUUCUGGCAAAUCCACACUUCUUGAUGCUUUAGCUGGAAGACUGGUUUCAAGCUCAAAGCAAACAGGGAAAAUUCUAAUCAAUGGCCAUAAACAUGCACUGGCAUAUGGAACAUCAGCAUAUGUGACACAUGAUGAUGCUGUGUUAUCAACAUUAACAGUUGGAGAAGCAGUGUCCUAUUCAGCUCAUCUCCAAUUUCCAGACUCAAUGUCCAACAGAGAGAAGAAAGAGAGAGUAGACUUUACAAUCAGACAAAUGGGUCUACAAGAGGCCACUGACACAAGGAUUAAAGGGAAGGGUUCUAAAGGUCUUAGUGAGGGACAAAAGAGGAGACUAGCCAUUUGUAUUCAGAUUCUUACAAGCCCCAAACUUCUCCUUCUUGAUGAACCAUCCAGUGGCCUUGACAGUGCAGCUUCCUACUAUGUCAUGACCAGAAUUGCAAGCCUAAAGAUAAGAGAUGGCAUCAGAAGAACAAUUGUUGCAUCCAUCCAUCAACCUAGUAGUGAAGUUUUUGAGCUGUUUGAUCAUCUUUGUCUUCUGUCUUCAGGUGAAACAGUGUAUUUUGGCACCACUUCUGCUGCAACUGAGUUUUUUGCUUCUAAUGGCUUUCCUUGCCCAUCUCUUCACAACCCUUCUGAUCAUUUCUUGAGGAUCAUAAACAAGGAUUUCAUUCUGGAUGAUAAAGAAGGUCUCCACAUAGUAGUACCCGAAGAAGAAGCAGUGGAUACCCUUGUGCAGUUUUACAAAUCUUCUGAAAUUUGUAACCAAGUUCAGAAAGAAGUAGCAGCAAUAGGUGAAAGUGAAUAUGGUUUCAUGGGGAGCAGCAGAACACAAACUGCAUUUCUCACUCAGUGUCACGUUCUUUUGAGAAGAUCUUCAGUGCACUUGUUUCGUGAUGUAACCAAUUAUUGGUUGCGUCUAGCUAUGUUUACUGUAGCAGGUAUUAGUUUGGGAACUAUAUUCUUUGACGUUGGUUCAAGUAGUUCAUCCAUUCAGGCUAGAGGAUCACUUGUCUCUUUUGUUGCUUCAGUCCUGACUUUCAUAACCCUUCUUGGUGGAUUCCCUCCGUUUGUUGAACAAAUGAAGGUAUUUCAACGUGAGAGAUUGAACGGGCACUAUGGUGUUGCUGCUUUUGUCAUUAGCCACACACUAUCACCUAUUCCAUACAUAGUACUGAUGUCACUGAUACCUGGUGUGAUCACUUAUUACCUUUCUGGACUUCACACAGGACUUGAGCAAUGCAUCUACUUUUCUAGUGUACUAUUUGCAUGCAUUUUGUGGGUUGAGAGUCUGAUGAUGGUUGUUUCAAGUAUCUUCCCAAAUCCCAACACUGGCAUCACAGUCUCUGGUGGAGUUAUGGGAGUGAUGAUUUUAACUGGUGGAUUUUUUCGUCUGCCAAAUGAUCUCCCCAAACCAUUUUGGAAAUACCCUAUGUACUAUGUUUCCUUCCACAAAUAUGCCUUCCAAGGAUUGUUCAAGAAUGAGUUCAUUGGUCUGAAGUUGGAAAGUGGUGAAGAUGGAGGAACCUUCAUAAGUGACAAGGAAAUACUCACAAAGAUAUGGCAAGUGGAAAUGGGUCACUCCAAAUGGGUUGAUCUUGCUAUCUUAAUGGGAAUAAUUGUUUCGUAUAGACUUAUGUUCUUGGCAAUCACCAAGAGUAAGGAGAAGAUGAAGACCUAAUUAAUAUUUUGGAAUAAACAUAGUGAUCAAAUUUAAUACAGGAUAUUUUUAAAUAAGAAAAUAAUAUUUUUACUACUAAAUUUUGACAACUUCCUCUUACCAUAUAAGAUGUCAUUUUUUAAGUAAUUUUAAAAUAUUGAGAAUGAAAAAAUGAAAAAAAUGAAAAAAUCACUUAGAAGAUGACACCUAAGGUUGUAAGAGAAAGUUGUCAAAAUUUAGUAGUCAAAAAAUUAUUUUCCUUAUAAAUAAUGUUUUAGAUAG